AUGAGCGAAAAAGAGCAGCAGCAGCAGCAGCAGCAUCAUCAUCAUCAUCAUCAUCAAGAAUACCAGGGGCAACCCCAAAGCGCUAUACCCGAGAAGGAGAAACCUCCUUCCUACGAAGAAGCAACCAAGGAUCAUAAGGGUGAUGAUACUUGGGAUGAUGAAGAUUAUGUAGUUCCUCAACCUUACAACCAACGUUAUCCUAACCCGCUGGGCGGUUUACAGAAUCAUGUCCACACUCCCCACCCUAGAGGCUCUCCAAACUAUCCCGGACAACAUGUCCUUACAUACAAUAAUGCACGGAACAAGCCUGGAAUUUAA